AAAAGAAAUGGAGGCUUGCCGCGAAAUAUUAUAAAGAUUAAUUUGACUCCGCCCACAUUAAAUAAACGGAUACGAUUGGUUGCAAACAUGCCGUAAAACCUAGUUUAGUGACGUAAAACACAUUUUGUUGAAGUGAAGCGCGCCAAGAAAAUUUUGCCGAUUAGUGAAGCGCUCUUUUCUUGCUAACUAAAUCAACGAUUCAAAUGGCAACGACUAGCAAGAUACUGUUGCAGUCAAGAAAUUUGCCGUGUCUUCUUGUGGAGUGCAACGAGAGGCAGGUGGUUAUAGCGUUGGACGAGUUAACUGCAAGGAUACAAGAUUGCAAGAAUGGAUCCCCGAGCUGACAAGGUGAAAAUCUGUCGUUCUGCCCCUGAACAAGGCAGUUAACCCACCGUUCCUAGGCCAUCAUUGAAAAUAAGAAUGUGUUCUUAACUAACUUGCCUAGUUAAAUAAAGGUAUAACAUUUUUUUUAAAUUGACGCCCAAAAAAUACCGAUUUCCGAUUGUUAUGAAAACUUGAAAUCGGCCAUUCCGAUUAAUCGGUCGACCUCUAAUUUUUACACUAUUUGGACUUAAGUGACCCAAAAGCCCAAGGAUUUACAUGGCAUAAAAACCCCUCAUAUUUAGGAAGUUAAAGGCAACUGCACCGUGCUUCUCCGCUCAUAUAUCCUAGUCUACAGACUAUUUAAGUGAGACCACACAUAUAGGCGCACUUGAUCUCGCACACCCAACAAAAGAGAAGAAAGGUAGGCUACUGAACUUGAAGCAGAAUUUUCCUUUGAGAGUUUUGAAUAGUACGACAAAGAUGUGCUUUUAUUACAAUAUAUAAUGCAUACUAAACAGAAAGACAACUGUUUGAAUUAAUCUGUGGGACACAUUUUUUUUCUUCAUAUUUUCAGCAGGAAUGCAGCUCUCUAUUCCCACCUCCGCUUCUCUGACUCUAAUGUAGGCACUAUGUGCGGAUGCUGGCUGACAUUUUUGCACAUAUUUUUAGGGUUGAGAAAUACAGACCACAGACCCUAGAUGACUUGAUUUCUCACAAGAACAUAUUAAGCACCAUCCAGAAGUUUAUCAGUGAGGACAAACUGCCACAUCUCUUCUAUGGACCUCCAGGUACAGGGAAGUCGUCUACUAUUCUAGGUACUGCCAAGCAGCUCGACAAGGACAAUGAGUUCAACGCUAUGGUCUUGGAGAAGGGUUUCAAGUUGGUGAUACUGGACGAGGCCGAUGCUAUGACCCGGGAUGCCCAGAAUGCAUUGCGGCGAGUCAUUGAGAAGUACAUAGAGAACACGCAUUCUGCCUGAUCUGUAACUCCAGAUGCACCAGGUUCCGUCCUGUCUCAGGACCAGAUGAUCCCCAGGCUGGAGUAUGUUAUCCAACAGGAGAGCAUUGAUAUAACUCCAGAUGGAAUAAAAGCUAUUGUGACCCUAUCAUCGGGAGAUAUGAGAAGAUCACUCAACGUACUGCAGUGGGCGUUUCAUCCAGUGUUUCAGAUGGGUUUGCUUAUCAAGUUGGCAGAUAUUGAGUACCGGCUGGCCUCGGGACUCAACGAGAAGACCCAGUUGUGUUCGAUGAGAGAGAGAUUUGGGUUAAUGAUGCCACCCAGACCAGUGGUCCCCAAACAGUCACAACCAUCUAGUACAGUGCUUCCCAAACUGUGCCCCUCCCCUCAAAUAUUAUUUUUUUAUUUUUAAGGAACUCAGUGCAGCUUUCAACUUACUCUUAAAAGUUGUAAUAGUAGAAUGCACAAGAUGCAAUUUCAAAAAUGGGUAGUGCAUCAGUUUUCCUCUUGUUAUUUCAGUCAUUGCAUACCUUAGCUAUUUAUAACUUGUCAGAAAUGUCCAUGUCAGCUAAUGUUUUUUUAGCCCAUAGAUUUUGUUGUAAUGUUUGAGACUCAAAUAACAUAAAUACACAAGACAUGGUAACAUUUUAUAGAAUUCCAUGAAAAUGAUUGAAACCGCAACAUUUUCUCUGCACCCCUUCACAAAAUGUUUGAAUUGCAGGAAAAAAAAGCUUUAAACUUGCCACAUUUUCUCUCCAAGAGGGGUGUGAACAGUUUGUCAUGAACAGUGCUUGUGCCCAAAGAACUAGUCGUGGCGCAAACGAGGGAGGGGGCGGCUGUUCCCCAUUGCUGGAAGGGGGG